AUGGAAAGCACCACUUUCCCCACACUGACAUUGAUGGUUCUCUUCCUCACUUGUUAUGCUCAGGAGGAUACAGAGGCUCUAUCCUGCCCAGAAAACCAAGAGGGUUUUGACGGCUCUUGCUACGAGUUUGUGGGUCUGCAGCGAUCCUUCCUCAGUGCCCAGGGGUGGUGUGAGCAAGGUGGAGGACACUUAGCCUUCAUCCUGAAUGAUGAAACACAGCAGUUCCUCCAGAAGCACCUGGACUCAGAGAUGGACUGGUGGCUCGGGCUGGCACCUGCAGCUCCAAACCUCACACUCGACUCUGCUGCCACCGAGGGUUCCCUUGCGUGGCUGGAUGGCUCAGAUGUCAGCUAUAGUAACUGGGUGAACAUGCCAGAAACCCAAGCAGCCUGUGGACAUAUCCUGAGACAUUCAGGCUUCCAGUGGGAAGCCACGGAGAACUGCAGCCAGGAACUCAACUUCAUUUGCCAAUUUGAUUCUGGGAGAUCUAUCGCAUGUGAUGGCCAAAAUGCAACAUUGCAAUGCGGUUCUGGUCAAGUUAUAGAGAUAGACGACAGCUUCUAUGGUCGAAAAACAAUUCACUACUGCAGAUCCAAACUUACAUCCUCACCCACAUCCUCCCAGGAGGAGUGCAGCUGGAUAGAUGUGAUAGAUUCUGUAACAGCUCAUUGCCACGGACGGCAGGCUUGCCAGGCUCCAGUGGAUCUGAGCUCUUUUGGUGAACCAUGUCCUGUGCUGGGAAGUUACAUGUCUGUAGAGUACAGCUGCAAACAUGGACUCCACUUGUUGAUGAGUAAGCUGGCAGCUGUCCUUGAUAAUGUCACCGUCACUGUGAAGUGGCUCCUUCAUCCUUUUCAGGGAAACCUCACAUGCACAAUGAAUGCUGGAGAUGGCCACACCAUUGAUCCAUACAGCCCAGAAGAGAUGGAGAGCACUGUGAUGCACAAAUUCAGCCGCCCCGGUGUUUUCAUGGUUCGAGUGGAGUGCACUACCAGUGACUGGCAUGUUACAGCUCAGAAAGCCAUAACCAUUCAGGAGCCCGUUAGAGAGUUUGAUGUCAUUAAGUGCUAUAGCAGUAAUAUGUCAACAGAUGGCACUAAAUGCAAUGUGCGUCAUGGUGGGCCUCUUCAAAUCCAGGUUAUGGUAGAGGCAGGUACAAAUGUUUCCUACACAAUUCAACAUGAAGGCCAUUUGGUUGCAAAUUCGUCAGUGGAGAGAGGGAUCACACCGCACAACAUUACACUGAGUGCAAGUGUGGUGGAGAAGCUUGGACAUGGCUGCCACAACCUGACUGUAACUGCCUCUAACAGGGUCACAGCCCACGCAGUGUCCACUGAUCUGGAGCUGUGUCUGCUGGAGCCCAUUGAAGGCCUGCAGGCCUCGGUGAUAGCAGAAGAAGACACGUGUCCAGACUCUACUGAUCUCAUCAUUGGUGUUUCGUUGGAGAAAGGAGCCCCUGUGGAGCUGCUCUUCAAUCUGACUGGAGCCAGGGACACACUCUCCGAGACCAGACACGUGCUCAAUGGCAGCUUACAAGCUUAUACAUUCUCCAGUCCACUUGAAGGACCGUUGAAGGUGAAUAUACAAGCCGUGAAUGCCUUCUCUGCCUCUGAUGUGGAUGUGGACUUAGAGAACAUACUUUGGGCUUGCCAGAAUGACUUUUCACCGGAUAAACAUCGAAACACAACAGGUAGUGUAAGUAUAGACAACUUGAAAAUAACUGCUACUCCAGACAUUUUGGUUGACUACACUCAAAGUGUCACACUGAGCGUAACUGGAACUGAAUCAUUGCCCAGCAAAGGACUCACAUUUGAAUGGAGAUGUGAAGGAAACUGCAAAUGCACAAACAAAACAAAGGAUGAAACUCAUGUUAUUGAAAAAGAUUGCCUUCCAAAUCCCUUUGAUAUUUUCAAUUACACUUUAACUGUGAGGAGAAGAACCUGGUUUAGGGAAUGGGUUGAUCUGGCUUUUGCUUCAAAGUGCAUCACUGUUGCUCCAAAAGAAUUCACAGAUGUCACCAUCAGUUGUAAUGAUUGUGCUUCGAUUAAUGUCAAUAACCAUGUAAAGCUCAGACUGAGCUGCGUGACAACUUGCCCAGAUGUUGUUUGGUAUAUUGAGGACCUCAAACCUUUGACGGAUGACCUCGAAAAAUGUUACUCCAAAGCAGGAAGAAGGCCACCUAUUGAGAGGCAGGAUGGCAACAUUGAAUAUGUUGUACAUAGCCAACAUCUGAAAGUUUCAAGGGACACAUUGCACAACAUCAGUGUGAUUGCUUAUGGAAAGAGUGAACCAGGUUUUGCCAAGUACACUUUACCAAUACCAGGUGCUGAGCCAACUGAACCAGCUGCAACUGAUGCUCCUGCAGAGCCCAGACCCCCCUCAUGUAGCGUCUCUCCACCGUCAGGAACAGUUCUCGAUGCUUUUGACAUCACCUGCAAAGCAAGCUCUUUCUGCUCUACAGGUUGUUUGUAUUGCUUCAAAACAGACACAGGCAAACAUCUGCGCUGCAGUAACGCAAAUGAGGUGAAAUCGGUCUUCCUGCCUCUCGGUGACAAGAACAACAAUUACAGUUUGUCUGUUGUAGUGACUGUGAAAAAUGACUAUGAGAAAGACACCACAACUGUCUCCACUCAGGUACGAAAAAGCAGCUCCAGUACAACUGUGGAGGCUCUCCAAUCUGCAGUGGAGGAUACUGUGAGUCAGUUAGAGCAGCAGGGUCUUCUCUCUGGUGAGACACUCGGACAAAUGUUUACUUCAGUUUCUGAUAUGCUGAAUACCGAAGACAGCCAAGAUCAGAAGGAUGCAAGGACAAAGCUCAGAAAGCAAAUGCUGACCAAAAUGACCACAAUUCUGCUGGACUCACCCAGCAACACAACUCAGGAAGUGCAAGUGACGGCCAGAGCUGUGGCCGGACUCACCCAGCGCCCUGACGAGCUCAGUCUGGCUGCUCAAGAAGAAGCGGGUUCAUUGUUGGUAGACCUCAGCUCCUCCCUCAACACUAUCAGUGUUAAUCAGGAUGACGGAGAUGACGGAGAAGUCGUGCAAGCAGCUACACCAAUAGUUGAAGCAGCCAGUAAUAUUUUGAAUGCUUCAUCAAAUGAAAAAGUCUCAGAUUUUCUUCUUACUGGAAUAAGCAAUGUUCAAAGUGCUUUGCUGAAUAAUAAAAAGCUGGAUGGAGACCCUGCCAUCAUUGAUUCUGGUCAGAUCAGUGUGUAUGUCAACAGAGUGUCUCCAGAAAAGAUGCAAAUGCAGGAUAUAAAUGUCCAGAAAAACAGCUCCUCCAGAUUUUCCUUCCCCUCACUGCCGGCUCAUAUUGUCUCUCCAGAGGAUCCAGUGGAUGUCAGAAUGAUGAGUUUUGAGAAGAACCCGUAUUCUUGGAAGGAGGAAAACAUCACAGGAACUGUAGGAUCUGUCUCUCUCACCAGAGUGAACGGCACUGUCAUUACUGUAGAGAACUUACCUGACGAGAUUGAGAUCCUCCUACCGAGGCAUGAUGUAGGGCAGGAGAACAGCACAGUCCUGGACCUGUCCAAUUUUAGCACAUUAAUAAUUGACGUUCCCUCGCCGGAUGUAACACUGGUUCUGAAAAUGGAGCCGUCUGAAAACAUCUCUUUCAUGCUAUUCCUGGGAUGUAAAGAUUAUCCAAAUGAUGACAAUUAUGUAGCCAAGACUCAGAUCCCUCUAGAGAAUGCCAAAGAAGAGGAAAAAUACACCUGGGUGCUGAGUCCCAAAGACAGAACAGGAGAAGUUGGAGAGCACUACCUUGUCAUGAAGCCCAUUGUUGAGCCAGGCGUCAAAUCCAUCAAUGCCACUGUCACUGUCAUUUCCAUCGCUGCCCAGUGCAAAUACUGGAAUGAAACAGAGUCUUCUUGGAGUGAAGAUGGCUGCAGGGUUGGUCCGCUCACCACACCUCUGGUCACCCAGUGCCUCUGUAACCACUUAACUUUCUUUGGCAGCUCUUUCUUUGUCAUGCCAAACUUGGUGGAUGUGUCACGCACUGCAGAACUUUUUGCUACGUUUACUAACAAUCCCGUGGUGGUGUGUUUUGUGGGGGCCAUCUUUGCUGCUUAUCUCCUGGUGGUUGUGUGGGCACGCAGGAAAGACAUCCAGGACUCAGCCAAGGUCAAGAUAACAGUGCUUGAGGAUAAUGACCGCUUGGCUGAGUAUCAUUAUAUGCUGAACAUCAGCACAGGGCAUCGGCAUGGUGCAUCCACAUCCUCUCAGGUGACAAUAACCCUGCUGGGCACGGAGGGAGAAAGUGAGCCCCACCACCUGACGGACCCUGAGAAGCCAGUGUUUGAGAGGGGCGGGAUGGACAUGUUCCUGCUGACCACACACUUUUCGCUUGGAGAUCUGCAGAGCAUCAGGCUGUGGCACGACAACUCGGGAGCACACCCUGCAUGGUACGUCAAUAAAGUAAUGGUGCAGGAUCUAGAAAGUGGUCAGAAAUGGCACUUCCUGUGUAACUCCUGGCUGGCUGUAGAUGUGGGAGAGUGCUCUCUGGACAAGGUCUUCCCAGUAGCCACAGAGAUGGAUUUGAAAAGGUUUAGUAACCUGUUCUUCAUGAAGACAGCCAAGGAUUUCCGGGACGGCCACAUCUGGUUCUCUGUCAUUAGUCGGCCUCCCUGCAGCACGUUCACACGUGUGCAGCGAGUGUCCUGCUGUUUUUCCCUGCUGCUGUGCACCAUGUUGACCAGCAUCAUGUUUUGGGGCAUCCCCACUGACCCCUCUGAGCAGACAAUGGACCUGGGUCACAUCGAGUUCACCUGGCAACAAGUUAUGAUUGGCCUUCAAAGUUCAAUCAUCAUGUUUCCCAUCAAUCUCCUUAUCGUGAGUAUCUUCAGAAACACUCGUCCCCGAGAGAGGGGGGCCAAAACGGACAUGUCUAAACAAGGAAAGACUGGUCGAGUUUUUCCCUCACAGACUUCUUCACCUCAGAAAGAGCUGAAAGAUAUCACACCAGACACUGUGAUCAAGGACAUAAAGAGAAUUGCUCAGUCACUCUCAAAGGCCAUGAAGAGUCCACUGCCUCACUUGGAGCUCCGGCCUGGGCAGCAGGCGGACAUCAACACUCUGCUGUCUCUGGUGGAGGACAUCAUUAGACAGCAGAACCGUGCGGCUGGAGACUUCUACACUGACGCCUCCAAGAGGGAUCGCUCGAUGAUUCUCAGUUUACGUGCAGUUAAUCUACAAGAAAACAGUGUGUGGACGAGCCCCGAGAAGACUUCAGAUGAAUUUCAGAAGAAGAGCAACAACAACAGUCAAUACCUCUACAAGCAGCUGCGUCAUGUUGAGAAGGAGCUGGGUUUGUUGGAACCUUCUCGUUUUCCAAACCCAGAUAGCUACAACCGAGCCAUGCAGCAAGUUCAGGGAAUGAAGGGUCUUCUGGAGUUCCACCUUCCCUCGUCCAGCCUGGAAGGUGACCAGCUGGACCGCAGCCCCAGUCCAGAAGAGAGCAUCAUCGGAGACUCCACCAAGAAGUGCUGUCAAGGAGGGCUGCCGUGGUGGUUUGUGUUUGUUGGCUGGAUACUGGUGAUCGCAACCAGCGGUGUGUCAGGAUACUUCACCAUGAUGUAUGGGCUGACUUAUGGGAAAGACCGCUCUAUAGGCUGGCUUAUCUCCAUGGUGGUCUCCUUCUUCGAGAGUCUCUUUAUUACUCAACCUCUGAAGGUUCUUGGUUUUGCUGCUUUCUUCGCUCUUGUUCUGAAGAAUGUUGACCAGGAGGAGUAUGGAGAGCCUCAGAUAGAUGAGAGUCUGAGAAACACAGAUGAUCCUGAUGCGGUGCGCGCAGCAAGAAGAGACAGCACAUGUAGUUUCUAUCAGCCUCCACCUCCCACUGACAUCGAGAGGAUAAGGAACAACAUGAUUAAAGAACAGAAGGUCUUCGCCCUCAUAAGGGAGAUUCUUGCCUACAUGGGAUUUAUGUGGAUGUUGCUGCUGGUGGCGUAUGGUCAGAGAGAUCCCAACGCUUACUUUCUGACCCAACACAUUCGACAGAGCUUCAGCAAAGGGAUCUCAGACAGUAUGAGUAUUCAGGAUGUGCUCAACUGGGCGAACACAACUCUGCUGAGCAACCUGUUUGGAGAGCACCCAGGAUUCAUCACAGAUGGAAACUCCAAGCUGGUGGGUAACGCUCGUCUUCGCCAGCUGAGGGUGCAUCAAAACUCGUGCGUUGUGGCUCCCUCCAUGCAGCAGUCUGAGCGGGACUGUCACGCUCCGUACUCGUGGGAGUUGGAGGACAUGGGCUCCUACAGUCCAGGCUGGAGCCGCUCUGUGGGUGAUAACGCCUCGCUGAAUCUUCACAGUCCAUGGAUGUACCAGUCCCAGGGUAAACUGAGGGCCUUCCCUAUCUGGGGAAGCGUGAUGCUCUACAGAGGAGGAGGGUUUGCGGUGGAUCUAGGGCCAGAUUUACAAAAUUCUAGAAGAUCCCUUCAGUACCUUUAUGACAACACCUGGUUUGAUGUGUACACCCAAGCGGUCUUUGUUGAGUUCACUGUGUACAAUGCCAACGUCAACCUCUUUUGCAUUGUCACACUCAUGCUAGAGACCACAGCCAUAGGAGCUUUCCAGUUCCGCAGUGAGCUGCAGGGUGUACGUCUUUACCAGUCGACCGGUGGCCUCCACAUCUUUGUUAUGGCCUCUGAAGCCAUCUACUUCCUCUUCAUCAUCUAUUACAUGUUUGUCCAGGGAAAGCUGAUUAAGCAGCAGAGAUGGGCUUAUUUCAAGAGUAAGUGGAACCUGCUCGAGAUGGCGAUUAUCAUCCUCAGCUGGAGCGCGCUGUCUGUCUUCAUCAAGAGGACUUUACUGGGAAAGCGGGACAUAGAGUACUACCAAAACAACAAAGACCAAUACGCCAGUUUCCAUGAAACAGCCAAGGCUGAUGCGGUGCUGGGGUAUCUGAUUGCCUUCCUGGUGCUGCUGGCUACAGUCAAACUGUGGCACCUGCUGAGACUGAACCCAAAGCUGCACAUGAUCACAGCCACACUGCAGCGAGCCUGGACUGAUAUCUCAGGCUUCCUGGUGGUCAUGACCAUCAUGUUUCUGGCCUACUCCAUCGCUUCUAACCUGAUGUAUGGGUGGAAGCUGUACUCCUAUCGGACUCUGCUGGAUGCUGCACAGACCAUGGUCAGCCUACAGCUUGGCAUUUUUAACUAUGAAGAGGUUCUGAAUUACAAUCCAUUGCUUGGAGCUUUCCUCAUCGGCUCCUGCAUUGUGUUCAUGACCUUUGUGGUGCUGAACCUCUUCAUCUCUGUCAUUCUGGUGGCAUUCAGUCAAGAGCAGAUCCAUCACAAGCCAUCAGAAGAGGAUGAGAUUGUGGACCUGAUGCUGAUGAAACUCUUCUGUUUGUUUGGACUUAAAUGUAAGAAAGAAGGUGGCGACUGCCUCACCGAGGGCCCAGUUGUUUCAUCUGCUUCAAAUAAUGGACUCUCAACGAUUUCUUCUGGGGAUAUGUAUGAGGGUUGACAUGUUCUCACAGAAUGCUUUGCUUCAGUUUUUGCUUUUGUUUCUUUGUGACUGAAUAUUAGCCCUUGCAAGUCUGUAAAUUAUUAGUGUUUCUCUCUACUGCUGCAGAUCUGUCACUCUUGUAGAAGAAGCUAAAACACUGAGAGAAAGUAGGAACUGAGGAUGAUCCUUAUGUUAUGUUAUUUAUGACUAAAUAUUGUACAAUUUGCUUUUAUUCCAUAAAAUAAUUAUUCGUGGAUACUAGUGAAACAUUGUAUUUGCAUAAAUCUGACGAAUCUUUGACAGUUGCUUAUUAUCAAACAAGACCAAGCUUUUGUUAUCACUCCAUAUGACUAGUAAAAUACAUACAGUAUAUUGAGAACUUACACCUAGACAACAAACACAAGGUGGCUGCAUACAAUAAAAGAGAUAAAACUACAGUUCAGGCACAUGUUGCUACUACCUCUGGAUGUUAUCAGAUUCAACAAUAUAUCAUUUUGCUGUAUUUAUAUAGUUAAAAUAGAUAGUAAUGUGUAAUACAAUCUGGACAUCUGUGAACCAUAAACAUUAGUAUACACUUGA